AUGGCGUGGGCUCAACUGUUGCUGAGGUUUCCGCCAGCGGCCGAGCAGAUGGAUGAAUGCAUGCCACCAUCCAAAGUCUACUCGGUUUUGCCGAGGCCGGGGGCUCGCAGCGAGCUGGCCCGCCAUGGCCUCCCCAAGCGACGACGACGGCUCGUGCUGCUAGCCGUACAGAAGGGGCCACCCCCACGCGAAUCCCGUGCCGACACCUGUCCUCCGCCGCCGUCCUCCACCGCGCGCCGCCGCGGGCUCGCAGGAGCCCAGAUCCGGCCCUCCCCGGCCCGGGACGCCGCCGCCGCCCCGCGGGCGCCCGAGCCCGGCGCCCGCCGGACCUCGCCGCCGCCUCCAGCGCCGCCGAGCCCUUCGCCGGACCCCGUCGCCUCUCCAGUGCUCCGCCGCCUCGCCCCGCCUUCCCGCCGCCGCCCCGUGCCUCCGUUCCCGCCGCCGGACGCCCUCGCGCCCCGCCGAAGGCCGCCGCAGCCGCGCCUCCAAGUCGCCGCCUCGCCGCCGCUCCGGCAGAGCUCGCCGGAGCGCGAGCGCCUCACGCCGUCGCCUCCCGUGGCUCGCCUCCGACCUCGCCAAGCCUCGGGUCCGGCCGCCCUGGCCUCCUCCGCGCCGGGACCGGAGUUUCCCCGCCCGGAUCUGCCCGUCUCCGGUGACCCCGCGCCUCGCCGGGCUUCCAUGACCUCGCCGGAGUGCUCCUCAGCCGCCUCGUCCCGGAUCCGGCCGGGGUGGACCAGAUCCACCGGUUCCCCAAUCCAAACAGGCGCCCGCGUCCCGGAUCCCUCCGUCCCGCACCGUUCCGUCCACGUUUUUCGCGGGGAAGAUGAGUUCUCCGACAUAAAAGCCGGCUGGGUGCCCCGACAAGCCAGGGAACUCGCUGCCCCACCUUCCUCCCCGCCCCAGGCCGUCAGUACGAUGGGCGAGGCUGCAGGUGGGCAAGCGGAGGAGCAAGCCGCCGCUCCAAGCUGGCCCCUGGUGCAUCAACUCGAUGCUCCAAGCCUGCUCGCAGAGGAGUGGCCAGUUGUUGCACGCCGGCACAUGGGGGACCACGCCGUCCAGUGCACCGUGGUUGGCCGCGCCAUCUGA